GAGAGUCCUAGGUAUGGCGGCCUUUAUGAUGGGAAAGUUGACAACCAUGCCUGCAGGUCUGAUAUAUGCAUCUAUAAAUCUACAUCUGGCCAAAGAAGAGGAACCCAAAAAGCAGCUAGUGAGACCAGACCAGCUUUCAAUAUAUACUGCACCACCUCUCCAUUCCAAAUAUGUUGAAGAACAACCAGGUUAUUUAAAAAUGGGCUUUGCAUCUAUCCGUACUACAACUCUUCGUUAUGUUGGCUGGUGCAAGUAUGUUUAUGUCUUUAUGAAGAAUGGGAUAAUGGAUACAGUACAGUUUGGAAAAGAUACAUAUAUCUAUCUGAAGAAUCCUCCUCAAGAUUUUCUGCCCAAAAUAGGAGUGAUUACAGCUUCAGGACUGGCAGGUUUGGUUUCAGCAAGAAGAGGUUCUAGGUUUCAGAAGAUUACUUAUCCUCUAGGGCUGGCCACAUGAGGAGCAGCUGUUUGCUCCCCAGCUCAGUCAGUAAUAACUGCAAAGAUAACUGGGAGAAACACAUAUGAUACAAGCCAACAAAUUUAUCAAGCCAUUAAGUCAUUGUGGACAAAAAGCAGUGAAAAACAAUCACUCCCUGAACCAAAAGAAGAAACUAAGGCAGGAAGGUCUGGUAAAAUACAUGCCCAAACGGUGUCUUUGCCAAAAGAAUUUGUUUCUGUGACAAAGAUGAAAUCAGAAUCUACCUCAGAUAAAACACAGUUUAUGCCUGACCCUAAGCUCAUGGAUCAUGGGCAGUCUCAUCCAAAGGAUAAAGAUAAGUACAGCACUAGAAACUGAAACAGAUUGAAGAGAGGGCCUGCAUAGAGCGCCGCAUGAUGUACCAAAUUCAAACAAUGGUGAAAAAUCAUGUAACGAAUGGGUAACUUACAGAGAUUGACUGUAAUUUUUCCCGUGACAUUUUCAAAUAAACAGUUUGGCUUAAAA